AUGCCAUCUUACCAUCGCGGGUGGCUGUACCCGCCUACACGACGCGAAUUCACGCUACUCCUGUUUUCUCUGAUCGUGUUUGUGCUCUCAUACAACUUGGAGACGUCACUGCAGAUCAUAGGGGUGAACCCAGCGAAGCUGAGCUCUGGAUAUUUGUCGACAAUCGGGCUCGGCACGAAAGACCCAGGAUUUGAGCCAGACGGCCGGCGGCCGAAGGAAUGGCGGGAUGAACUAGAGAAUCUUAUCUUUGGCGAGUGGGAAUGGGAGGAGGACCAGGUGGCAGGCGUCGAACGCGGGCUUGCUGGUAUCGCCGUAGGAACUGCGGCGGUCUACAACGUCGAGACGAGGCGGAAAGCGAGCAGGAGCACAGGGAAGGAUGACAAAGGUGUCGGAUUGAACGAGGGUGUGACGGUGAAGGAGCAGCUACUGAGGUGGGAAGAAGAGAUCCCGGUGGCGAGAGCACUGGCGCAUGUACCGGGUAUGUUUCACAUGAACCUUCCCUUGAUGUUGGGCUUUGUUGCAGGAUAUACUAUCCUUGAGAACGCUAUCAUGCUCAAUGGGACACUCUUCCUUGUGACGGAGGAGCCAGCAUCUCUGCCCUCUCUCGGUGCAGUGGGAUCCUCUGCCACAGACCGGUCACAACCGCCGCGGGAGGAAGACUGGCAAGUCUUGAAUAGGCAGCAAGCCAUAAGUAGACUUGGAGAUUUUGGUGGCAGAUUAUUUGGCACUACAUGGCUAUCGAUGGACCCUUCUUCGUCGCAAGACCCGUACACCCUCUUCUCGAUGUUCCGGGCACAGAGUGCACUUGCUAUUCCUUCCUCGGCAUUUGCAUCCUCAGAGGACAGUGCGAAGACAAUCGACGUCCCUGCACCGCUGAGGCUGAUAUAUCAGAAUGUGUCGACGUUUUCGAGUCCACGUCUUCCACCGCCGGGCGAUGACCCCAAAAAGCACCCGCCGAUGCGGGAGCGAUCGUACAAUGGCCUGCACCCCUUGCUCACAAAGGCAGCACUUCCGACUCUCGGAGUCUGGUACGAAGAGGACUGGCAGGACAUCAUCGAUAUGGAUGUGCCAUGGCUCUUCGACCGCGUCGUCGUCGUCGACCGCCAUGCCGCUGAUCGAGGACGCGACAUGUGGACGCGACCAUGGUCCGCAACCAACACCAACACCAUCAAAGAAAGCGAGAAUGAGCUGCGAAAGCGCGCAGAGGGCGACGAUGGCAAACCUGCAUGGGCAGCACCCUUCGUGGGCCUGCGUGCAAAGCCAGACUGGUGGACACCUGUCCGCGCUGCGCUGCUCAGCUACCUCCGAAUGGAGGAUUCAUCCGCUGAGAAUGCGAACUCCAAUUUGGGACGGGGCAAGAAGGCGAAGAGCAAGGCAGUGCCAACAAAGCCUAUCGUCACGUACGUCUCGAUGCAGGACGAGCCUAAUGGCGCAGGGCCACGGUUGCGUGACGAGGACCAUGCGGCGUUGCUUGCGGGGUUGCGCGGCUUGGAGAGGGAGGGAGUUGUCGGCGAGGUGCACGUUGUGAAGGGCAAUGGGAGUGUCGCGGUGCAUGGAUGGGAAUGGGCGGAUAGGAUGCGUGCGAUUGCACGGUCGAGUAUUGUCCUGGGCCCGUAUGGGUUCCAUCUUGCCGACAGCAUCUUCAUGGCGCCUCCGUCGUGGCAUAGUGUGGACCUCCCCACGACUUCAUUAUCACCUUCGGAGGACGAACAGAACCAGGCUCCAGUACCGCUCCUUAUGGAGUUCUUCCCUCCGGGAAUUUUCAUGCCCGAUCAGGAGUUCGCGGUACGCUCGCUUGGGAUGAGAUAUAUGGCGUGGUGGAACGACCGAAAAUUCACCGGCAACUCCCUGCCUCCCGUCAUCAGCCCCGGCCUCGACGCCGACCCAAACCAGAGACUAUCCAUCAGCGCAGACGCGAUUGUGCAAGCCAUACGAGACGAGAUUGCACAGCGGCGCAUUUCAUGA